UACCCUUUGGGACAUACCUACUGCGAGCACAUACUGAACGUUAAAGAAGAUCCGGUAGUCUUGCCUACAUAUUUGUGGAGUCGCCAGAUGCGACCGUCGUUAAUAAUUAUGCCACAUCAUUAUAACUUUGGUGGAUUUUUGCAGACGCACCCGUGAUAAAGUUUAAUGCAUAAAUUAGGCACAGUAAGAGGUGGACGACAGCAAAUAAUAACAAAAGAGAACCGCGAUAAUAAUGGACGGCGAGACAAGUCAUCACAGCGGAGAGUCAAUAAGAACUUAUUACACGAUGGGAAAUGAGAAAAUAGCAGCCGCUGAAGUCCACUGAAGGUAUUCUUUAAGCCUGUGAUUGAAGACCUCAGCAUGGAAUUGGCCAAAAAAUGCACCAAACUCAUUAGUGACAUUCAUUAUAAAGAAGAAUAUAAAAAGUCUAAGGACAAGUGUACGUUUGUGCCUGACACGCCCAUGCUAAACCAUGUAAAAAACAUUGGUGCUUUUAUUUCUGAGGCAAAAUACAAAGGCGCCAUUAAGAAGAAUCUUUCCAAUUCUCUGUAUAGGCAGAUGCCAGCCACAAUUGAUAGUGUCUUUGCAAGAGAAGUUACCCAGCUUCAGAGUGAGGUUGCCUAUAAGCAGAAACAUGAUGCUGCCAGAGGACUCUCAGAUUAUGCUCAUAUGAAGGAGCCACCCGAGAUCAAACAUGCCAUGGAGGUCAAUAAACACCAGAGUAAUAUUUCUUAUAGAAAAGAUGUACAGGGCACCCACACGUACAGUGCGGAUCUCAACAGACCAGACAUCAAGAUGGCAACGCAGAUCUCCAAGAUCAUAAGCAAUGCAGAGUACAAGAAAGGGCAAGGAGUAAUGAAUAAAGAGCCUGCUGUAAUUGGAAGACCAGAUUUCGAACAUGCUGUGGAAGCUUCUAAACUUUCUAGUCAAAUUAAAUACAAAGAAAAAUUUGAUAGUGAAAUGAAGGAUAAGAAACAUCGUUACAAUCCUCUUGAAAACGCUUCUUUUAGGCAAAGUCAGCUUGUCACUGCACUGGUGAGCGAUGUGAAGUACAAGAAAGACAUUCAAAAUAUGCAUGAUCCAGUCUCGGAUCUCCCAAACUUGUUCUUAGACCAUGCUUUGAAAGCCAGCAAAAUGCUCAGCCGACGGGAGUAUAGAAAGCUUUUUGAGGAAAACAAAGGAAUGUACCAUUUUGAUGCGGACGCCACUGAACACUUGCACCAUAAAGGCAACGCCAAGCUCCAGAGUCAGGUUAAGUAUAAAGAAGAGUAUGAGAAAAAUAAGGGGAAAUCGAUGCUUGAAUUUGUUGAGACGCCAUUGUAUCAAGCUUCAAAGGAGGCUCAAAAGAUGCAUAGUGAGAAAGUUUACAGAGAGGAUUUUGAGAAGGAGAUUAAAGGGAGGUCAUCACUCGAUUUAGACAAGACUCCAGAAUUUUUACAUGUUAAGUACAUCACCAACCUUCUGAAAGAGAAGGAAUAUAAAAAAGACUUGGAAAAUGAAAUAAGAGGGAAAGGAAUGGAACUUAACUCAGACGUUCUUGACAUUCAGCGAGCAAAACGCGCAUCUGAAAUGGCAAGUGAGAAAGAAUACAAGAAAGACCUGGAGUCAAAAAUUAAAGGGAGGGGGAUGCACAUUGGCACUGACACCCUUGAAAUACAACAUGCCAAGAAAGCUUCAGAGAUAGCUAGUCAGAAAGACUAUAAGAGAGAUCUGGAGACUGAAAUAAAAGGGAAGGGCAUGCAGGUGGGCACAGACACUCCUGAUAUCCAGAGAGCUAAGAAGGCAUCCGAAAUGGCCAGCCAGAAAGAAUAUAAGAAAGACUUGGAAAAUGAAAUUAAAGGGAAAGGGAUGCAAAUAAGCAUGGAUAUCCCGGACAUGCUUCGAGCCAAGAGGGCAUCGGAGAUCUAUAGCCAGAAAAAGUAUAAAGACGAAGCAGAGAAGAUGCUUUCUAGCUAUUCUUCAGUGGCAGAUAGUCCUGAAAUGCAGAGAAUCAAGACAACUCAACAAAACAUUAGUGCGGUAUUUUAUAAGAAAGAAGUAGGAGCUGGCACGGCCAUAAAAGAUACUCCAGAGACUGAACGAGUGAAGAAAAAUCAGCAGAAUAUUAGUUCACUCCGGUACAAAGAGCCGUGCCACAAAGCCACGCCCGUGAGCGUCACGCCAGAGAUGGAGAGGGUGAGGAGAAACCAGGAGCAGCUGAGUGCGGUAAAAUACAAAGGAGGGGUUAAACAAGCAACUUCAAUUUCUGAUCCACCAGAGCUGAAGAGAGCUAAAGAAAACCAGAAGAACCUCAGCAAUGUUUAUUAUAAAGGUCAGCUGGGAAGAGCCACAGCUUUAAGCGUAACUCCUGAAAUGGAAAGAGUGAAGAAGAAUCAAGAAAAUCUUAGUUCGGUAAAAUAUACCCAGGACCAUAAACAGAUGAAAGGUAGAUCAAGUCUGAUUUUAGAUACGCCUGGUCUGAGAUAUGUCAAAGAAGCACAAAAUCAUAUUUCCAUGGUAAAAUAUCAUGAAGAUUUUGAAAAGACGAAGGGCAGAGGCUUUACUCCUGUUGUAGAUGACCCCGUGACAGAGCGAGUGAGGAAGAACACCCAGGUUGUCAGCGAUGCGGCCUACAAGGGCGUCCAUCCUCACAUUGUGGAGAUGGACCGGAGACCUGGAAUCAUUGUUGACCUCAAAGUUUGGCGCACAGAUCCUGGCUCCAUCUUCGACAUUGAUCCCCUGGAAGACAAUAUUCAGUCUAGAAGUCUCCAUAUGCUCUCUGAAAAGGCGAGUCACUAUAGGAGACAUCGUUCUCGCUCUCAUUCGAGCAGUACUUUUGGCACAGGUCUGGGAGACGACAAGUCAGAAAUAUCCGAGAUUUACCCCAGCUUUUCUUGCUGCAGUGAGGUAACCAGGCCAUCGGACGAAGGAGCACCUGUCCUUCCUGGAGCCUAUCAGCAAAGCCAUUCUCAAGGCUAUGGGUACAUGCACCAGACCAGCCUGUCAUCCGUGAGGUCAAUGCAGCACUCACCAAAUCUAAGGACCUACCGAGCCAUGUACGAUUACAGCGCCCAGGACGAAGACGAAGUCUCCUUCAGGGACGGCGACUACAUCGUCAACGUGCAGCCCAUCGACGACGGCUGGAUGUACGGCACGGUGCAGAGAACUGGGAAAACGGGGAUGCUCCCGGCGAAUUACAUCGAGUUUGUUAAUUAAUUAUCUCCCCUUGUCUUUGAGCUUUAUUCUAAUGUAUACUAGACCUAAUCUUUUUAAAGGCUAGAAGAUACUUUUAAGACAACUUGGCAGUUAUUUUACAAUAAUCUCUCUCUACUUUGACAAUUAGACACGCAGGUACCAGGAAGAGGGAAUGACUUCUGGGCUGAAAACAGCAGCAUUUUCAGGAAUUGCUGUAAACAAAAUCGUUAGGUCUGGAGACCCUGGUGCUGCUAACUGUGUUAAUGGUUUCCUUUGACUGGCUUUCGAACACUGCUGGGAAAUGUAUUUUUGUAGACUUUAAUAGAGAUGUUGAGUGUCCCUUAAAUGUAACAAGUCUCUGAAACUUCUUAGCUGUCACUUUGGAACCACCAGAAGCCGAUUCUCUUAAUUCAGUAACACGGCCAAUGGUUUAAAAACAGUUAGCUUUUGAGUCAUUGGGGAAUUUCCAAUUCAAGUGAAAAUUGCCUAAUAUAAUAAACGUAAGCAGUGGCAGAAUGACAGUUUGGUUACAAUUAUACUGACUGGUGGCCUUAGGGACCUAGAAACUUCUACCGAACAGACAUUUCCUUGUUCCCUAGGCUGACUUGGGUCUAUUUAUUUCUCAUUUGUAUCAAGGGAUACCCUUCUCUCCACUUACAUCCUGUGGGCCCGAGUCUACGCUUGACUGCACAGAAUGUCAGGACCAAAUGAUGUCACAGCUACUCCGCAAAGGGCAAAGUUUAAAGUCAUCGCUGUUCUUUCCCUAGUGGCUUUUACCCUGCUGCAUGUCACGUAGGUUCAAGCUCUGUAACAUAGGCAGCCGCACUGCCCGUCCCUGUUAUGAAAACAAAAACCGUGGCUGAUAACCUCACAGCCCCUCCCUCUAGCGGCCAGCUCAUCAGAAAAACAUCUUUUGAAAAGUUGCUUGAGAUCCUCUUGCUGUCCUGCACUCUAGUUUCGAAGGAUUUACACCUUUAGGAAAUAGACGUCUACUCUAGCACAUAAGUGGUUUAGGUGUUUACUGAGCAACUUUCAUUAACUUAAUGCCGCCGUUGAUUGAAAAGGAAAGAAAACGGACCAGGAGCCAGUGACGACGCAGUGUACUAGAGGCGACACGCGAGCAAAAAGUCCCCCCCUCCACACCGAGAUGAGCCGGUUUCCUGUUUUGGAAAACGGCAUUCAGAUCUGGGAAUGGAAAUCUAGCCACCGAAACCGCUUAGACUUGGAAAGACUUCCCUUCCACUUUCUUCCGGUUUUUCUUUUCUAAACCACAUUCAGGGGGUAAGGUGAAAUUGCCAACCGAGAUUUUAGGUAUAGGCCCAAGAGGUUGUCCACUGAAAAAAGCAACUGUUGUCCUGUCUCGAAUUUGAAAUGAGAGACCUUGCAGGCUCUUUCUGGACUCACGGCCAUGCCACAGCCCUUGCUGGUGGCUCACGGAGGUUCGCCUGUGGUCCACAGUCUAGAUCACUGGAGAAAUGAACGUCCGUCAGCGACUCUGUGUUUUUCUGAUGGGCUCAGACGUGCAAGAGGGUAGUGUUUUUGGAGGUCUGGCUCUACAGACUCACUCUACAGUGACGAAGCUGGAAAAGCCAAGUCACAGAAAUACGGUAAAAUGUAUGGAUCUUGGGGAUAUCUCCCUUCUAUAGUAUAUGCAAAGAAAUUAACAAAACAUCCUAUAAAGUACCUUUUUUUUGAAGUGUUUAGGAGUCCAAAACCAAAUGCUAACUCAUUUAUACCUUUUGAAAAAUUAGCACAUACUUUUGAAAAUCGAUAGUUUCAUUCGAUCCGGCUAAAAGAACAAAUAAAACUUUGUUACACUCGAGCUGCAUCUGUAAGACAUUCACAGAAAGAGAAAAGACAGGAAUUUGGGUAAAAAAAAACUAGAGAGUCUUUUUGAGGGGGUUUCACAGAUUACUACAUAACCAACUGGACUGAUUUUUUCUAUCAGUGAAAUGGUCGGUCAUGAUUAAAUCGACCCCAUUCGUGUUUUGAUCGUCUCGUAGGCAAACCGACAAAGACAAGCUGAAAUUGAAACAUUCUUACAAAAAUUUCUGUGCAUUAAAACCUAGGGCAAUGAACUUGCUCGAUUUACUUAUAUUUCCCCCAGACAGUCCGCUUUUUGUGACGCCGUUGAUGACAUCUGCAGACUAAGUGUGGGACGGGUACAGUUUUUGAGAAAUAGCACAUUUGAACAGCAGCAGACUUGACAUGAUGCUUAUAAUUUUGAGAAAAUACCGUAAGGCAGCAGUUUGAUGCUCCACGGUCAUUCUCAUCCACUAAUUUCAAAAUCAGAUUCAUGGAAUGUAGAAGUCAAUAAUUAUUAGGGGAAUAAUUCUCCUAAGAUUGGAAGCGUCCCAUAAUGUUUGCACAGAGGGAUGUUUCUGCUCCCAGCCUCUAGGAAUCAAGGCCUGCUCAGAAUUUAACUAGAGAGCAGUUACUCUACCAUAAAGACUGAGGGAGACCGAGAUGUCACGUGCUCCCGACCCCAUAACUUGAUAAUGUCACUGUUAUUAAAACUUGUCAGGAUAUCGAGCAUCUCGGCAGAAAUACAGGAAACAUACAUGUAUAAUACCAAAGUGCUAUUUUUACAGGAUCAUUUUUCAAAACUACAUUCUCGAACAGGGGUUCCACUUUGCACGCGCCUCCCCCCUUCAAUUUGGCGACCCGUAUCUCAUACAUAACGCUGGCGGCGAAAGAAGGGUUGGAAAAAAAAUCCGUCUUUUACAAAUCAAGUUAAAGGAGACUGGGAAAUGUUCAAGCACAGGGAGCAUGCACUUGAUUUUCUGAAUCUGAUGCAUUCUCAAGCCUGAUAAAAAGCACAAAGGAGCAGGUUGACAUGUGCGUAUAAGGUUCCCGAAACACAACUCCACGUGGAUCCUGUCUCUCUUGAGAAAAGCAGAGCCAACAGGAUAGAGGACCUCUGUUGUCAGUUUUUGUAGCAAGCGUUUUUACUAAUUCUCGUUCUCUAGGGAGGAUUUCUAUUUCUCACCUGUGGCAAAACAAAUUUCUUCACACCUUCUUGUCCUCGUUUACACAUCCGCAGCGUAGCCCAGUUUAAAAUUUGUAUCUGGUUGUCAGAUCCCCGCGUGGUCCCUGCCUGUUCCUCAGGCUUCCCCCACCUCCAGAGACCACACAGGAAUUUGCCAGCACAAUUUCUCCGGGCACCUUGUGUGAACAUGGAUGAGGUUGGACUGGCCCCUCUCUUGCCAAAGAGCUUGGUUCUUUGCUCGAAGAUGAUGGAGAUGUGGUGUUGGCAGGCCGCCCGCGGUCUUUCUCCCCUGUCAUCUCCCCGUCGGGCUUGAUGACGCUGCGGGAGGGCGGGAACCAGACUUUUCUCGAACAGUGAAGUUCAGGAGGUACAUACAUCUCUUUUUCAGGUGCGUCCAUGUGCAGCGAAAUGUUUUUAAUGAAAAGAUAAAGAAAACGUGUGUGAUCCUUUAAUAACACAUCCCCUUUAUAAAGUGGAUGGAGUUUAUACCAAAAUUAUAGUAUAGAUAUAUUUUAAAAAGGUGCCUUUUUGAUUGCCCUUGUUAGUCCAUGAUGGUCUUGGAAAGAAAACCAAGCAAGCAAGCAAACUUCUAUCUAUUCUAUAGUAAUAUUUUAUUAUACACGACUGGUAUUUUUGUGGUGGGGGAGUGAGACGCUCCUGACAGAUCCGGAAGGUGGUAACCGAUUGUAUUUUACCUGUAAAGGUUUAGAACUUUAGAAAACACUGACUUUCCCCAUCUAUUUCUGAAAGGUUCUUUGUGGAUUUAUAUAUAUAGUCAGGAUGCAUAAACAUUAACUUCAGGCCUGAGACUUAAAAUACCUAUUGUAAGAUAGAAGCAUUAUGUUAUGAGGCUGAAUUCAUUGCAGAAGAUGAGAUUCACUUCAUAAGUGUCAUUAUACCUUAGCUAUUCGCUUCUGAUAAUCUAAAAGUGGCUAGAGCGUGCAUGUUCUGGGUAACAUGACUCCGAGGCGAGAAAGCUUCAGUUAAGCGAGGAACAACGCGAACUCAGUUAAGAAUGCUAAAACGGAAGUCUCUUUCUGAAGUAUUCCAUGGCCCUUCGGAUCCUUUCCAGGCAGCUGACUGUCAACUGUUCAUUAAAAAAAAAAAAAAAAAAAAAAUCAGGACGUUGUAUGAUGCUUGUGUGGCCGUCGUUUCACGAUGUCUAGACCGCUGGAGUCCACAAGCCUGGAAGGAUCCCCAGGGCAGACUUCUCCCAGCUGUCCAUAUCACUUCAGUAUAGCCAUGGAAUUCAGAUGCUUUUUGUGUUUGCUACACGGUGUCCCGUUCACAGAGUACACGCUUCUUUGUAAUCCAGUUGCUGUAAAGAAUGAUUUGCUUUGAAGGUAAAGAGAAAGCCGCAUCACAGUCCCAUUUCUUCGGUGUCCAUACAAUGAAUGGCGGAGCCUUUAGAGGCAGCACCAGACCUGUGGCAGGCGUGGUGUGGACAUGUUGGCCUUUGACCUGUGAUGGGAAUAGAGAACUAAACCAAUGUGCAGUUUGGAUUCUGUUCGCUUCAAAAAUGUGCAGUUGUGGUUGAUGAUUCAUUUGCAAGGUUGUGCUCACUUUGAGAGCAGACGGUUUGGGUGGAAACGAUGUUUUUCGAAAUGAAGGGGCUUCUAGAAUGAUACGAUGUUAUGAACAUAAUUUGGCUUUUGUUAUGCAAAUUAACACCAGCUAUUAAAAUACAUUUUAGUAGAAAUGCUUUAAUUCAUGUUUUUUUCCUCUACACUGUGAAUCUUUCAGCCUUGGUGAACUAGAGCAACAUCGUGCUGCCCAAAGGACUAACCUAUGCAAACUAGUUCACAUUUUAGUGGAUGUCACAGUAAUUGUGUACUAAGACAUUAUUUCCCCCGGGAUAAUGUACAACGGCACUGAAAUAACACCUUAAGCCGAGCAUCAUGUAUGUUUAGUAUAGUCACUCACAGACCCUUCAAGGCUACUAUAAUCAUUAGUAGUGGUAUUUGUUGAAAAAGCAAAUCGCCGACUGAUCUAUUAAAUCUCCCUGAACGAUGUCAGAACAAGAAUGACAGGUGGAUGUGUCGGCCAUGGCUUCAAUGUGGUCACUGCAGAUGUUCUGUGAUACAACUGUGUUCGGAUGCACUCUCUUCAGGGUAUUAUUAUUCUGUGUCUUCUUUCUGUAUUUGUAAGACAUUAGAACGCUUUAAUUUCCUAUCUCUACACAUUCGGUUUGCUUAAAUAAAUGCAGGAUAUAACAAAAUGG